AUGAAUACUCAAGGAACACACAAGCCCUUUCCUAUAAACUACAUGGGAUUUCAGUCCGCCCGUGUGAGAGCUGGAUCCGCUCCAGCCCCAAGGAGAAGGCAUCCCAGCAAUCGUGGAGCUUCGGGUACUGACGGGGGCUGUCCCUGGGCCAGGCAACCUAUUGACCGACUGCCUGGAGCUGCUGGGUGGAAUGUAUUCUUAUUUGACUUCCCAGCAAAAAUGCCAGCUGUCCCGUUGAAAGGGUCCCACCCCAUCGGCAUGGGACCACCACCAGGCCCUCAGAGAAGGCCAUGUGGCAUUGCAGUUGGGAUUUGCCUGGUGGUUCAAAGUUCCUCAUGGCGAGGGAAGCAGAGGGAAAAGAGAGAGCAGGAGUGA